AUGGCUGGCCCAACCACAAACAAACCCGCCGUAGUUAUACUGACCCCUAGGGAUAAAAAACCACUACAUGCGGGACGUGUUCGCGGGGACAUAUCCCAAUACACAGGGGUAACCAGUGACGUCAGGGACGUCAAGAUGCUACCAUCAGGUAUCAUAUUAGUUCUCUGCGCCACAGCGAUGUGCAUAACAAAGGCGAUGAAAAUCGCAUGUAUAGAUGGUACACCAUGUACAACACGGCUAUCUAAACGGCCAUAUACAAACUCCCCACCUAGACGCAAACAAAAAAUGACUCGCACAACAACAAAGGGGGUCAUCUAUCGGAUCCCCCUCAACACGUCAUUAACAUCAUUAAACAAAAUAAACAAUGUCAAGACAGCCAGUAGGAUGCACAACAAAGACAAACAACCUACUACAUCCAUCCUACUGGAAUUUCACUCAAACACUCUACCUAAAGAAAUCAAAUUUAACAAAAUCACAUAUCCAGUAACAAAAUUCAACGUACCACGCAAACAACAAAAACCUACUACAAAGCAUACAAAACCAAAAUAUUCCCAGUGCUCAACAACCCAAAUCACCUACAACAAAACUACAACAAAUCGACUGUACUCGGCAGUCGUACAAAACAACACUCCGCAAAAUAACACAAACAAACACACCAACACUACUACAACCAUUAACUCACAAAUAACACCUACACAACACGGAGUAUUAGUCACCACAGAGCUACUCGGCAAUAUUGUCCUGUUAGCACGUGAUCAAACACUCACAGACAGACAAGCACUACAAAAAGUCAGGGCCCUAAUAAACAAACAAAACGGGUUCCCGGCACCUCAAGUCACACCCAUAAAUAAACUGACACAAACAACACCCACACAAACCUCACCAACACAGCCAAAACCAACACAGUCCACACCAACAACAUCACCUACACUUUUCUCAACACAAACAACACCCCAAACCUUAAUAACAACCACACAAACCAAAAACACUCCUACACAACAAACAAUACACCUUCUGGAUAGUUCUGGAGAGUUAGACGACUCGUUUCUGUCCAAACCUCCCACACCUCGCUCUCCUACUGGAUUGGGUAGACGUAGGACACAAACAAACAAUAAAACAACACCAAAAAACAAACAAACAACACCGACACGCCCUAACACCAGAUCACGGGCAAAACACACCGCCAAUCAGCCGAGACCUGGAAAUAGCAAACGACAGCUUUACUAG